AUGCGCGCCGUCAUCCGUCCCAGCGCCGCCCUCAGCGCCGCUCGCGCCGUCAAGCAGUCGCCGGCCUCUACCCGCCAAUUCUCCUCCACAUCGCAGAGAGCCGCCUCGCACGAGUCGCAGUAUGACCCGCCGUCGGGAUGGCUGUUUGGCGUGAAGCCCGGCGAGAAGUACCAGAAGGAGGGGUGGGAAGGCAUCUUCUACUGGGGAUUUUUUGGAAGCCUUGCGUUGGCUGGAGUUGCCUAUGCGUUCAAGCCAGAUACAUCGAUACAAACUUGGGCACUCGAGGAGGCUCGGAGGCGGUUAGAGGCCGAGGGAAUCUUGGAAGACCCCUUCCCGGAUAAUAAGAAGGCAUAA